AUGUGGAAGCAUUUUUUAAAGCUAAGAGGAGUGUAUCCACGAAGGUUCGCUUAAAUUUUUGUCAGAUGUUAAAGUCAGGCCUCAUUUCUAUUUUUAGCAGCCGGCUACUCCAGAGUAAAGUAAUACUUAAUAAACAUAAAAAUAGCAAAUAUUUUUACAGACGCGAUUACUUCUAAGAAAAACGGGGGGACCUUUUUCUCAGACGAAAGGCAGAGAUGAAAACUAGGAGUUAGAGGGGAACAGCCAAACCAAUACCCAGGUGGUGAUGGCCAUUGCUGAUGUACCCACUGAUGACGUUUUCAUGGUCGGUGAUAAUUCCAUUGGAGAAGAGCAGCUAGGCAACUGAGAAUCACAUUGCAAGUAAGUCUCUCAUUAGUGCACAGAGUUAAGGUGUUUGGGUGAACGUAAUUUUUAAAAGAAAAUUUACCACUGUUUAAAGAAAGACUCCUGACACACCCUUUUUUGACACACUUAAAUCUUGCGCUCAAACCAUCACGUCCUUUAUUUAAUGUAACAUGUGUAAACAACUAAAAUGAAAACAUUUUUUAUACAGGGCAGUCAAGAUAAGGAGAGUUGAAACCACUUUGAACGUGUUCAUGAUUAAUUAUUUCAGAAAAAGAAGACUGGCUGUAUACUAGCGGCGUUUUCCAUGAUGCACUUUCUGCAUUUUGGAACUCUUUUUAUGAUUUGUGCACUAAUGGCAAAGACGAGAGAAUUCCAGUCAUCAGGCACGACUUGCAGGUUGCUGAGUGGGAGGCCAUAG